AUGGCUGCAUAUAAUCAUGAAAAUAUGGAGAAAAGCAGUGUUAUGAAAGUGUUUAUAAAUCCGAAUUUUAACAGAAAUAUAAAAACUAGAAAUGAAACAUUACCAACAAAUAAUAUUAUGCACAUCAAUCCAAAAUUUUCCCAAUAUGGUACUGGAAAGAAUUGGCAAAGUAAUAUGCGAAUUUAUAUUAAUCCAAAUUUUAUUAAAACAAAUCAAACAACUGAUUUGGAGUCGAAAAGUAAACUAAUUCUUAAUAAAUUGAAUUACGAUAAAAAUAUUAAAUUGCAAAAGCAAGCUGUUGAUAAUUCAUCAUUUGAUAAUAAACACAAUUCAAUUUUGCAACCUACAAUGAUUAAAUCUCGAUACUGCUUAGUGAGACAGGUUAGUAAACUACAAGGCAUUCAGAAAUUAGAUGAAACUAAGACAAAAGUGAAAAUAAGUAAAUAUAAGUCAAUUCGCCUAAAUGUCAGAAACACUACAAAUUCCUUGGAAAGAAAUAAUACUGCUCAUGUGAAAUUACCAUAUGCGAGCAUAUUAAAUACGACCAAGCAAGUUAAUAAAAAAUACGACAACAUGAUUAACUUGCAAACUAAAUUAAACAGUCGAUUUAAACUUGUGAAACAAAAUAUCGAAUUAUGUAAAUCCGAUUUGAAUUUAAGAAGUACAAAAAUGAACAAAGCACACAGAGAUCUAAAAAAUAUGAUUAAAUUAAACAGUCAAGCAAAAUUAAAAAAUAUUAAAGGAAAAUUAAAGAAAAACAACAUUCCUUGCCCCUUAUUUAAAAAAUAUGGAAAAUGCUUGAGAAUGGAACUCGGAAACUGCGAAUAUAUGCAUGAUAAGAAACAUGUGUCCAUAUGCCGAAAAUUCUUAAAAGGAAUAUGUCAUGAUCAGGAGUGCCUUCUUUCUCAUGAAUUAACAUUGAAAAAGAUGCCCACUUGUUACUUUUAUUUACAGGGGAUGUGUACAAAAGAAGGAUGCCCAUAUCUACAUGUAAAAUUAAAUGAGAAAACCAAAGUUUGUGCAGAUUUUAUAAAAGGAUAUUGUGAAAAGGGUGACAAAUGUUUGAAUAGGCAUGUAAAUCCAAAUUAUGUGAACAAACCAAAAUGUUUAAAAAUAGAAAACAAAUAUAAGAACAAAGCAAAUAAACAGAAAGUUAGUAAGUGUUCAGAUAACACAAAUAAAGGCCCUAAUCAAUUAGAACCAAUUAGUUCUACUUCAUUGCUAAAAAAUCACAAAGAGAACAGUGACGAGGUAGAGUGUCGAUAUUAUAAGGAUGCGAAACAUAGUGAUAAUGAGUGUGAAAAAUAUGAAAUUAUUAAACCAUCAAGAUGUAAGUUAGGUACAUUGCCAUCUUUUAUUAAACUGUAAAUAUUAUAAGUCAGUGAUGUCCUCCACUGUUAAAAUUAGGGCUUACCUUAGGCGGUUACAAGGUUAAUCGUAUACUAUUACUGUUGUUUCAGCUUGGUAUAUGCAUUACGAUUAACCUGUGUAAUUAUUGGUAAUGUAAAAAAGCAAAAGUAUAUUAGAGUUAGAUAGCUAGAGGGAUAGUUUGAGUACAGAUAAGAUUCCUAAAAAUAAGAAAACUUUUAAAUGAUACGUUUAACAAGUACAGUUGAAAUAGUUUUCUAUUUAUAUGCAAUAAUUUAGAACCAUUACAAGACUUGUACAGAAAUUAGUCAAGGGAAAUGAUCACAUUAAGCUAAAAAUGGAAUGCAAUGGGGCAUUCUUGCACGAAAAUUAAUAUAUCAAUAUCUAAGUAGGUACUAUUUCAUAAUCUUUAAUUUUCAGAACUACUACAUUACGCACAUAUUUUGUGUUUUUAAAGUCCUAAACCAGUUUUUUAUUCCUCUGUAAUUAUUGUACUUACCAUAAACGUAGAUGUAAACGUACUCACGUUCUCACAUUUACAAUGCUAUCAUAAAAAUGAAACAACAUAUUAGUUAUAUUAGUAUCAGUGUAAUAUAUGUAAAUAUAAUUCAAAUUUUAUAUGGAAUUGAAGCAGCAAAAAUCCACGUUUUUGUAAUAAUUUUAACGUUUACGUUUGGAUUAUAUUGUAAAUUUUAAUCUGUGUAAUUCUGGUGCAAAAUAUUUGUAAUGGUUUUAUAAUAAAGCAAAAUAAAGCAUGUUCUUUUUUCUUAAUUUAUAUCCAGAUACAGCACAUUUUCACCAAGUACAUUCACUUAAAAUUAAUUACACUUCAAAAAGUUAAUCACAAUUUAUUUUGUUUGUACUCCUACUGUACUUUUCGAAGAUAAAGCUGCUGGUCGAGGGGUGCUUCGACUAUUAGGUUCCCUUAGUCGCCUCUUACUACACCCACAGGAAAGGAAGGGUUCGUCCAUUCUAUGCUGACCACACGGCAAAAUUGCCAAUCGUAUAUUUAUGUUUGUAACCUAUCUACAUUACAGUCUUCAAUUAUUUUUUAUCGUACUUUUAAAAUUUUGAGAUACGAAUUUAUAAUAUUGUACAUAUAGACUUAAUUUUUUAACAAGGAAUAAUAAAUAUAUUUUAAUAAA